UCCUAGUGAGCUGUGUGGAAGUUUUCCCUGCAAGUUGAGAAAGACAAGAGGACUGCAGCGAGAGGAGCGGCACAAGUCGCCGGGAAAAGGGACACGCAACAAACAAAAAGUGGGGACUGAAGCGAGUUUCUAUUGAGCUGUCUCCCAAAAUCAAACCGGCGGCUCUAGUUGGUGUUUGUGGACUUACCUCAGGGGAGAAGAGCAGUCAUCAACGGCAGGGAUUACUGAUGGACCUUUGAACUAGAGCCGUCUGGAAAGUGGAAAAGACAUCAUCGACUGACUGAGCAGAAACUGAUCACCCGCUAUCACCUCCGGUCUCUAUGCUCAUCAACCUGACGGUGGCCAUCAAGGAAUCGCGUGCCUUUCAUGGAACACAACCUGCCCACCCCGCCGCUGCCCCUGAAGCUGUGGAAGUGACAGCCAUGGAUUCACGUCCACUGCGGGUCGCCCCUCCACCGCCUCCCCUUGCACCUCCACCACCUCCGCCGCCACCUCCGCCUCCCCCACCGCCACCUGCGUCCUCCUCGUCCUCCCCCUCAUCACCCUCGCCUUUUAGCCGGGCAGACAGUGCCCGUCGGAGCCGGCUGAGGAAGCUGAAUUGGGAGCGUAUCCCCAAAGAGAAGGUGGAGGGGAGGAAGAGUGUGUGGAGCGGUGCGGCCCCGGGCGAGGACGAGUUCCCCAUUGACCUCCAUUCUCUGGAUGAGCUGUUCGGUCAGAAGGACAGUAAGCCUCAGGACAGAGCCAGCACCCUGAGACGCCGGUCUGCUCUGCUGCGCUGCAGAUCCCCCCAGGACAGCUCGGAAGAGAUCUCCCUAUUGGACUCCAAACGCAGCAUGAACAUUGGAAUAUUUCUCCGCCAGUUCAAGAUGCCUGCUAAAGAGAUAGUCGAGGAUAUCAGGCAGGGUGCUGGGGACCGUUACGGAGCGGAGAAGCUCACAGAGCUCUGCAAAUUGCUGCCUGACAACGAGGAGGAGUCCCGCCUGAGGAGGUUCAGUGGGGAGCGGAGCUGGCUUGGAGAGCCCGAUCUUUUCAUGCUGCUGCUGGUAGAAGUCCCCAGUUUUCGGCUUCGUCUGGAUGCCAUGAUCCUGCAACAAGAGUUUGACCCCGCUGUGACCUCUCUGUGUGUGGCAGCCAGAUGUCUGAGGGAGGCGGCCAGAGAACUGCUGAGCUGUCCUGAAUUACACUCCAUCCUUCGAUUGGUGCUGAAAGCUGGGAACUAUAUGAAUGCUGGUGGAUAUGCGGGGAAUGCCGCUGGUUUCCGAAUUUCCUCGCUGCUCAAACUGGCCGACACCAAAGCCAACAAGCCGGGCAUGAAUCUGCUGCAUUUUGUAGCUAUGGAAGCUGUGAAAAAGGACCAGAGUUCACUGUCAUUUCCCAGCCAACUAGGCCAUGUUGGCUCCGCCUCCAGGUUGUGUGAGGAGUCUGUGCUGGAGGAUUUAUCCAAGUUAAAAAGCAGAGUGGUUGCCCUCAGGGCAAACAUCCAGACUGAGUCAGAAAUUCAGCAGCACACACAACCUUUCCUGGAGGUGGCUGAGGAGCGUCUGAAGGAGGCAGAGGAUGAGGUGGAGGGCCUGAGGAUGUCGAGUCAAGCUCUGGUAGAGUUCUUCUGUGAGGACGACAGCACUUUCAAACUUGAGGAGGCCUGCAGGGUCUUCCAUUUGUUUUGCCACCGCUUCCAAAGAGCUGUCCAGGAGAAUGCAGAGCGAGAGCUGAAGGAACAGAAACGUCUGGAGCGUCAGCGUGAGAUGGGGGAGAAACGUCGCUCUCUGGCCAUUUGUACAGGGCUUGACCUGGGCCUGAGCCUUGCCAAAGAGCCUCACAGUCAGGAGAGCCAAGAUGAGUUGGAGAAACUCCUAGAGAAGAACCUGAGUUACACUUGGAGUCGACGUAGCCUGAGAAGCUCUGACCCCCGCAGACACUCACACCACCUCCACAAUGACACCCUCCACGGCUCGUCCAUGCUAAAGAGCUUCCCUGAGCUGGGCAGCAGCCUGACAUUGAACAGUUAUCACUCAAACAGCUCUUCUGACCAUGAGAACACCACUAUACUUUGUAGCUCUCCAGAGACUGACGGCACAUGUUCCCCCACUGACCAAGAACCUGUUCUGAGCAGAGCGAGCAGGGCUCAGCCCAGCCAAACAGUCAGCCAGAGCAUGGAAGCAGUUCAGGACUCGCACGUUGCUACAUUUAGACAUUCUCAGCAUGGACGUGGCAAACAACAAGGGACUGAGAGCAUUUCCUAUUUGCUGCAAGGCCAACUGAAGGAAACAGGACCUGAAAAAGAAGCUGAGAUUUCACAUAUACACAUGGCUUCGAUUAAUACUGAAUCUUCGUCCAGUUCCUUUACAAACUCUGCCACUAUAAAUACGGAUACACCUGCCCUAUGUGUUAAAACCCAGACCUCUAAUCAUAGACAUAGUUUUGGUCUGCCAGUAACAGACAAUAAUCGUCCUCUUCAUAGUAAAUCUUAUGGCUCAUCUGUCAAUGAGCCUGUACCUCAGCCUGUUCAUACAAGAGGAAUACUUCCUCAUAGUGACACCAGGGCUGGGCUGUUGAGGUACCAGAGAUCUGAUAGUGAAUCGCAAUCAUCCUUAAAUGCUCCAGAUAAAGCCCAGUCACAAUCACAGAUUAGAGAGACGCGUGCUGUGACAAGUGCUGCAAUGCCUUUGCCUGAUCCAGGUCUGACAAAGCAGACAGAUACAGAAGUGGCCUCCACACCUGUGGACGAGAACUGGAUGCCCUCCAGUCUACCAGAGUUCAGCCAGUCACAUUCAGAGGAGUACUCUGAUUUGCCAAGUUCUGAGAGGGAGAUUGCAAGGUCAUACUCCCGUGUUGGUGAAACACUGGAGUGUCACACUUUGGUGAAGGGCCUCCGAUCCUAUGACGCCUUGUCACCCCCAACCUCCCCACUCCCACGACCUGCACCGAGCCUUUGCUCCAAGUGGAGGAAAGAGAGGGAGGUUGACCUUCGAGAGAGCACAACUCCAGGGUCUCCUGCAUCAAAGGAGGAGAUUCAAACCAUGAAGAUCCCAGUGCGUAGUGGAAUAGGAUCCAAAAGGGGACUUGUGUCACGUGCAGGCCCUUCCAACAGCACAGGUAUUCCCAGGGUCCGCUCCAAAACUGAGCCUUCAAAUGGUGCCCCAGCCCCUACAAACCCACCCACUCCUACCCGGCUGUCUAGUCCUCGCAGCAUAUCGAUGCGCUUGUCUCCCAUCACUCGGCUUCCCACCGUUCAGACAGAGGUGAAACGAAGUAAUAGCACCCGGGAGAGGACUGGAAGUGAGCCACAGACUCCAGGAAAGCCCAACCUGACCCGCAGGACUUCAGACAGAUCCGUAUCAGAGAAGGUCUCAGGCAGCAUCCAGCCAGCCUUCGUCAGAGGGACUCCUCUCCGUGUGUCAAAACGACUUGCCCCAAACUCUGAGACUCAGGUUUCUUCCCAGCCUCACACUGCCCACAGCCCAUCCUCCGCCACAGCCAAGACAAUACGCACGGCUGUCAUAUCUGCGGCCCGAAAUAAAACUGCCAAGACCACAAGCACAAGCACCUCUCCUGCUAGUUCUAAAAUCCCUACAGCUUCACGGAUACCUGGUCCCAAAAUGCCUCGAGCUACUGCAGGUCAGCCACUGUGGAGGUGAUGGAGUGAAUAAGUGCUCGUACUCUGCAGUUUGUUAAAUGUUUUCAUGCAGUUUAUGUAUGUCAUUCUAAUAUAUAAAGUGUGGGUAUUCAUGAAUGGUGUGAGUCAUCAGUGACAUGAUUUCUGGUCUGAAUCAGCUCUCCUUCAACUGCAGUUCAUCUAAAUUCAACACUUAUGAAAUAUGUAUGUAGUUUUGAUUGCUUAGGUUCUUCAUAUGUGACAAAGAGCUGCACUGGGAGCAUCUGGGAAACUUCAUCUCCUGUGUUUCACCCGCCACUAGAAAAGUAGAAUAGAUUCUUUAAAUCCUACCUCUUUACACAUCCGCUUGUGUCCUUUGCAGGCAAUAGGACACUACAAGGGACCCAUGUUCAUAAAGUAUGUAGAAUAGUUUAACAUAUAUUUCAUGUUAGUAAAAUGGAUGUAACCAAGUGAACACUCUGUGGCUGGAGUGUGCUCUGUAAAAACAGUGGUUUGGGGAACUGUUUCAAUCAUGUUUUU